CUGGUGCACCGGCUGCGAGGCGGGAGCAGGGAACUGACAAUAAGGGACAGAAACUAGAUCUCUCCAAGCUGAACUGAAGUCCUGCACUCGCCUCUUUUUUGUAAACCUUGCUUUUGCUUUUUCAUUCUUCACCUUGAAUCUUUAUUUUUUAUACAUCAUGGCUGGCAGCCCGCUCACAGGGUUGCUGGUUGCGCUGUGCGUAAGCAGCGCGGUGCACGGCUUACCAAAGAAGACCAAGAGACAAACAGGGCAGUUUCAGAUGUAUCCUGAGCUCCAUGAUGCAGCAGCUGUUUCUCCAGUUGGCUGUGAGGAAAACGGUCGCUCAUACAGACUGUACGAGCAGUGGGAGAAGCCUUACCUCGGCAGCACACUGGUGUGCACCUGCAACGGAGCAGCAGGCAUCAAGUGCAAAACUAAACCUGAAGUGGAGGAGACCUGCUUCGAUAAGCACAAUGACCGGACAUACCGGGUCGGUGAAACCUACGAGAGACCGAAGGAAGGGAUGAUGUGGGACUGCACCUGUAUUGGUUCUGGUCGAGGGAAGAUCAGCUGCACCAUAGCGAAUCGAUGUCAUGAGGGCGGAAGGUCUUAUAAGAUCGGGGACACUUGGCAGAGACCUCACGACACCGCAGACUACAUGCUGGAGUGUGUGUGUCUCGGAAACAACAAAGGAGAGUGGACGUGCAAACCUGUGGCUGAGCGUUGCUUUGAUAACAGCGUUUCAUCGUCGUACAUGGUGGGUGAGACGUGGGAGAAGCCGUACCAGGGCUGGAUGAUGUUAGACUGCACCUGUCUGGGAGAAGGAAAUGGACGCAUCACAUGCACCUCGAGGAACCGCUGCAACGACAAGGAAACCAGGAGGUCCCACCGCAUCGGAGACACGUGGACCAAGACGGAUGCAAAUGGACACAACCUGCAGUGUCAGUGUUUAGGAAACGGCCGAGGGGAGUGGAAGUGUGAGGCGCACAAAACAGGCAGAACCACAGGGCCGACAGGAGCCAUCAUGUUGACCCCUGAGACUCGCCAGCUGCCAGAUGGGAUGUGCCGCUCAGACUCUGGAUCCACCUACAGCGACGGACAGCGCUGGUUAAGAACCCAGGGCAGCAAGCAGAUGAUCUGUACCUGUCUGGGUAAUGGAGUCAGCUGUCAGGAGUACGAGUCCACCAACCUGGCAUACGGAGGAAACUCUAAUGGCCAGCCGUGCACGUUCCCGUUUGUCUUCAUGGGAAAGACGUACUACUCCUGCACCUCUGACGGACGCACAGACGGGCAGCUCUGGUGCUCCACAACCUCAGACUAUGAGAGCGACCAGCUGUACUCUUUCUGCACAGAGAAGAACGCCAUCGUUGCAACAAGAGGAGGAAACUCCAACAACGCCCUCUGUCACUUCCCAUACCUCUACAGCGGACGCAACUACACUGAAUGCACCGCCGACGGACGCCGUGACAGCAUGAGGUGGUGCGGAACCACACACGACUACGACAACGACCAGCGCUUUGGAUUCUGCCCCAUGGCUGCUCAUGAGGAGUUAUGCACCACCAACGAUGGAACCAUGUACCGUGUAGGUGACAAGUGGGACAAACGCCAUGAUGUCAUGGGUCACAUGAUGGAGUGUACGUGUCUGGGAAACGGCCGCGGGGAGUGGAACUGUGUGGCUCACUCACAGCUGCGAGAUCAGUGCAUCGUUGAGGGCUACACCUACGAAGUGAACCAGGAGUUCUCCAAGCGCCACAACGAGGGCUACUCCAUGAACUGCACCUGCUACGGACAGGGACGCGGGCGCUGGAAGUGCGACGCAAUCGAUCAGUGUCAGGAGCCUGAGACCAGAGUGUUCCACCAGGUCGGAGAGACCUGGGACAAAGUCCUCCAUGGAGUCUACUAUCGCUGUUAUUGUUACGGCAACGGGAUUGGAGAGAUGAGGUGUGAGCCUCAGCAGGGAUACUCAGACGGACACAGACCGGUCCAGGUGAUCAUCACAGAAGCAGGGAAGCAGCCGGACUCCCACCCCAUCCAGUGGAACCCUCCGUCCUCCGUGCACAUCACCCAGUACAUCCUGAAGUGGAGGAUUAAAAACAGACCUGGACCAUGGAGAGAGGCCACCAUCCCCAGCAACCACAACUCCUACACCAUCAGCGGGCUCCGGCCAGGCAUCACCUACGAGGGUCAGCUGAUCAGCAUCCUGCGCUACGGACGCCGCGAGGUCACACGCUUUGAUUUCACCACCAACCACGGUUCCUUGGAGACGUCGGAGGGAGAGACGACCGUGCCUCCUCCUGUGAUGGAUACGUCUGAGUCUGUGACUGAAAUCACCUCAAACAGCUUCGUCGUGUCCUGGACGUCGGCCUCUGCUGUCAUCUCCGGGUUCAGGGUGGAGUACGAGCUCAGUGAGGAUGGAGCUAAGCCCAAAGUGCUCGAUGUUCCUCGCACGUCCAACUCCGUCACCAUCUCCGAGCUCCUGCCUGGGCGCAGAUACAACGUCAACGUCUACGAGCUUCCAGAUCAGGGAGAGCCAAACCUGAUCCUGACUACGUCUCAGACCACGGCUCCUGACAGCCCCGCUCAGCAUGCAAUCGACGAGGUGAGAGAGACCUCCAUCCGGAUCAGCUGGUCCAGACCUCAGGCUCCUAUCACCGGUUACCGGGUGGUCUACACGCCAUCAUUGGAGGGCAGCAGCACUGAGCUCACGCUGUCGGACACAGAGACCUCAGUGAACCUGGUCGACCUGCACCCCGGAGUUCUUUACAACAUCAGCAUCUACGCGGUGGAGGAGGAGCAGGAGAGCGAGCCUGUGUUCGUACAGGUCAACACUGCCGGAUCUCCUCUGCCAGAGGAGGUCCCGGCUCCCACAGACCUGCAGUUCUACGAAGUUAAUGACGUGAAGAUCACCAUCACCUGGACCGGUCCUCCCAGUGAGGUGACCGGUUACAGGGUCACCUACUCCCCAGUCGGUCCUGACGGCACUGAGACCAGACCCCUGCCGCUCCCUGUCUCACGCAACGCAUACGCUGACAUCACUCACCUGCAGCCGGGGACGCUGUACCGCUUCUACAUCUACGCCAUCAACGCCGGAGUGGAGAGCACGCCGCUGGUGGGAGAGAAGUCGACCAAACCGGACGCACCCAGCAACAUGCACUUCACCGACCUCGGCCCCGACAGCGCCACCGCCACCUGGGACGCUCCUCGAGCCAUAGUCACCGGUUACCGCCUCUUCCUGAGCAUCGGAGGAUCCACCCCCAUCGAGAAGAGGAUCCCAGGCAGGGUCACCCAGUUCCCUCUGAGGAACCUACGUCCAGACACCCAGUACACGGCGACCCUCCACUCUGAGCUGGACAACGAGCUCAGCGAGGGCAUCACCUCCUACUUCGCCACCACACCACAGAUGGGAAACUCUCCUCCUUUCAGCACCGAGGUCACCGACUCCUCCAUCAUCGUCACCUGGAUACCUGUCCGCAAGUUCAGCUACAGGGUGUCUGUACUUCCCAGCCAGACAGGCGAGUCUCCCAAAGAAGAGACCUCCGACACAGGACGGAUUUAUAUCCCAGGACUGAUCCCCGGGACUCAGUACACCUACAGCGUGCAGCCCAUCUUCAACGGACGCAACCGAGGACAACCCCUCACCCGCAACGUCUUCACAUCUCUCUCUCCUCCCACUGACCUCAGAGUCGAGUCCAGCCCAGACACAGGAGACCUGACUGUCCACUGGGUCGCCUCCAAAACACCAGGCAUCACGGGCUACAGAGUGACCAGCACACCCAUGAACGGCCAGCGAGGGAACUCUCUGGAGGAGCUGGUCCGAGCUGAUCAGACCUCGAUCAGGCUGGAGAGUCUGAACCCUGGAGCUGAGUACAACAUCAGCGUCUUCACUAACAAGGGGCAUUUGGAGAGUGUGCCUGUGUCCACUGUGGUCACACCAGACAUCCCCAAACCACGUCCUGUUGACUUUGUCGACAUCACCGACACCACCAUUGGGCUGCGAUGGAUCCCGCAGAGCUAUACGUCCAUUACUGCUUACCGGAUAACGGUAGUAGCUUCUGGCGAGAGCGUGCCGAUUUUGCAAGAUAUGGUGGAGCCAUCGGCGGGUUAUUACACGGUUCACGGUUUGGAGCCUGGCGUGGAGUACGACAUCAGUAUCUUCACUGUUACAGAGGAGGGGGAGAGCAAGCCGACCACUUACACAAAGCAAACACACGCUGUUAUUCCAGCUCCAACCAACCUGCAGUUCAACGGCGUGGGUCCUGACCACAUCAGGGUGACUUGGACGGUUCCUCAUGUUGCCACGCCAAGCGACAUCUCCCGCUUUGUUAUCCAAUACCACCCGGUCGCUACCGAUGAUGACAUCAGGGAGGUUAAUGUGGGUGGAGGAACCAACACGUUCCUGCUGCAGAACCUGCUGCCCAACACAGAGUACCGCAUCAGUGUGAUGUGUGUGUACAGUGAACAGAAGAGUCCACCGGCCACAGGAACUCAGAGGACGACUCUGGACUCUCCUACUGGACUGGACUUCUCUGACAUCCGCACCACCUCCUUCACCAUUCACUGGCUGGCUCCGACCUCUGCUAUCACCGGCUACCGCGUCCGCUAUCAGGGGACGAGCGGCGGGCGGGUCAAGGACGAGAGGCUUCCCCCGACCCGGACCUACUACACUCUGACUGGUCUGACACCAGAGACCGAGUAUUUGAUCUACGUGUACGCUGUCAGUAAUGGUCAGGAGAGUCAGCCUCUGACAGGAACCCGGGCUACCAUCUCUGACGCCCCGACUGAUCUGGAGGCAACAUCGUCCACUCCAACCAGCAUCACCAUCCGCUGGGACGCCCCCUCUGUCACAGUGAAGAACUACAAGAUCACCUACGGGAGCGCAGGUGGUCAAAUUCAAGAGUUCUCGAUCCCCGGCACUCAGACCACGUCCACCAUCACGGGCCUGAACCCGGGCACAGAGUACACCAUCACAGUCUACGCUGUGAGCGGACGAGGGGACAGCCCAGCCUCUAACACGGGGGUCUACAUCAUGGCUAAGACCGAUACUGAAGCUCCUCCUGACAUGAGAUUGACUGACGUGAGUGAUAACGCCAUCACCGUGCGCUGGUCUCCGGCUCAGGGUCCGGUCAAAGGGUACAGAGUCACCAGCGUCCCUAAGAACGGUUUGGGACCCUCUUACUCGGAGGUGGUGGCCCCCGAUCAGACUCAGUUCACCUUCUCGGGUCUGAUGCCCACCGUGGAGUACGUGGUCAGCGUGUACGCUCUAGGAAUGGAUGAUCAGCCGUCCUCCCCUGUGGUGGAUAACGCGAUCACAGCCAUGGACCGUCCCAAAGACCUGACCUUCUCCGACAUCGACUCCACCUCCAUGCGCAUCACCUGGGACAGCCCGGACGGCACGGUGACAUCAUACCGCGUCCUGUACACCAGCCCAGAGGAGGGCGAGAGAGAGCUGCGUCCGGCACCAAGAGGAGACCAGGACACGGUGCUGAUCAGAGGCCUUCGACCCGGGACAGAGUACACCGUGAAGGUCAUCGCCCUCCACGACCGCACACCCAGCAAACCGCUGGUGGGAACUCAGGCCACAGUGAUCCCUUCUCCAACCAACAUGAUGAUCUCAGAGCUCGGUCCCUCCACCUUCACCGUGACAUGGCGAGCGCCCGCCACACGCCUGACAGGCUACCGAGUGGUCAUCACCCCGAAGAACAUCAACGCACCAACCAAAGAGCUGAACGUCGCUCCUGACACCACGCGUGUCGUCGUACCCGGACUCAUGGUGGCGACCAUGUACCAGGUACAGGUCUACGCUCUGAAGAACUCCGUCACCAGCAGGCCCCUCCAGGGAGAGACGACCACGCUGGAAGAUGUAGGUCCUCCUCGGCGUGUGCGUAUCCUUGAUGUUAAAGACACGUCUUUCACGCUGACCUGGCGCCCCAAGCCGGACACGAUCAGCAGCUAUCUCAUCGAGGCAACGCCAUCCAGCGGCACCGAGCCCGCCAUCAGGAGGAACAUCCCGGAAGGAAGCAGCACCUACACACUGACAGGUCUCCAGCCGGGCACCACGUACUCUGUGAACCUGUACAGCCUGAACGGGAACACAAGGAGCACCCCGUUUACUCUCUCCAUCCAAACAGCUGAACCUGUGGUCCAGGCUCCCACCAACCUCCAGUUCACAUCUUUGACCCCCACCUCCAUCUCCUUCUCCUGGCAACCACCUGCCUCCUCCAUCACAGGAUACUACGUCACCUACGAGGAGUCAGGACGAGGGCCCAGAGAGCUAAUCCCACGACCCCACGCCGGCCAAAACUACGCCACCAUAUCCGGCUUGAAACCGGCCACAGAGUACAUCGUUAAGAUCAUAGCCAUCCAGAACACGCAGAGGAGCACUCCUCUGCUGGGGAAAGUUAGGACACACCCAGAGUCCCUGCUCCCCCUGCCUCUGCCACGCCCUGGAGGUUCAGGCGACAAGCUGGACGUCCCUGAAACUGAACUGGACAACACAGUCCAGGUAGUGGGCACCAACGGCCAGGACGGGCUCGGUGGUCAGAGCCAGAAUGUGGAGUACACAGAGUACAACAACAACAACAACGGGGACAGCAGCAGAAACAGUGGUAACAUUGGCAGCCCGCAGUACCCCUAUGGGCAAGUGCGUGAGCCCCUGGUGUUUGUGCCCCUUCCUGAUGCAGAGGGCCGCAGGCUGCCCAUCCUGAAGCUGAACCUGCCCGUCGGCACCAUCUUUGGAAACGACACCGGAGUGCCUCAGGAGGCCCAGACUCAGACCUCCGUCACCUGGAAGCCCUACAGGCAGAGCAACGCCUACCUGGUGUCCUGCCAUCCUCUCACACACCAGAACGAGAAAAUGUUCCAGGUCCGCCUGCCAAACACAGCCACCACUGCAACCCUGAUCGGACUCACCCCUGGAGCCAACUACAACGUGAUCGUGGAGGCUCUGUUGGGCGCGCUCAAACACAAGAUCCUGGAGCAGGUCGUCACAGCAGGAAACUCACUCCCUAACGGAGUCCCAUCCAGUACAGACUCGUGCUACGAUGCCUUCACUGCCACCUACCAUGACGUCGGAGCCGAGUGGGAGCGCAUGUCUGAGACCGGCUUCAAGCUGUGGUGCCGGUGCCUGGGUCUAGGCAGCGGACACUUCAGAUGUGAUUCAUCCAAGUGGUGUCACGACAACAGCAUCAACUACCGUAUCGGGGAGAAGUGGGACCGCCGUGCAGAGAACGGACACCUGAUGAGCUGCACCUGUUUGGGGAACGGAAAAGGAGAAUUCAAGUGUGAACCACAUGACUCGGUGUGCUACGAUGACGGCAAAGCGUACCAGGUGGGGAACCAGUGGCAGAAGGAGUACCUGGGUGCCAUCUGCACCUGCACAUGCUUUGGAGGACAGCAGGGCUGGCGUUGUGAGAACUGUCGUAAACCAGGUGCUGAUGUUGAUGCCAGUCUGCUGCAGCCCGUGAGAUACGGAGACGUGUCUCUGCGUAAGAACAUUCACUGUCCCAUCGAGUGUCUCCGUCCAGACCUGCUGGCGGACGCGGUCGCUCAUCCUAACCCUCAGGAGUAAAGCUUCCCCCCUCACUGUCCACUCGCUGCACUGUCUCUGUAAGAAGCCAAGCUGUCUGCAUCCAAACUUAGCGUCAGAAGACUCUGACUCAUAUUUAGCUGAAGAUUAGAAAUCCUAAAGCGCCCUGCUGCCUGAUCAGAGUGAUCCUCUUUAAAGCCAGUCCCUUCACUGUCUAAUGUUCCUGUCAAACUCCUCCCCCUUACCUUACCUGGUGUAACCUUUCCCUCCGCUCACCUGUGUGCCUUCAUGACCUGAGAAUGAUAGAUUUGUCAGAUUGACAUCAGUUUAAGGUGUUCAGAGACCUUGUUGGAGAGUAAGCACUGUGUCCCUGCAGUAACUCACAGCUGUGCUUCUGUUUCCUGUCGCCCUCUCUGAAGGGUCGCACUGUGUGUGAUUGACACGUCCUGAUUUAUUCUUUUUGUCUUUUUACUAAUUUAUCCCUUUAAUCUCUACGUGUGAGUGUGUGAGCCGGGAUGUGAGAAUAUGAACUGUUCUAUUUUUGUACUUUGUUGUCGGUGCCAAAGUUGUUUCUACCUUUGACAGAAAGAAGUCCCUUAUUUUAAUAAAGCUGGAGAGAUCCUGAAACCUUA